AUGUGGCUCAUCAAUACCAAAACCUACAAAUUGGAGAACUUCGUUAAUCCGCCAUGUACCUACUCCAUUCUGUCUCACACGUGGGAAGGAGACGAAGUUCUUUUUCAAGACAUGGAGAGCCUACCUCACGCACGAAGCAAGACAGGAUGGAAAAAGAUAGAAAUGACCUGCGAAGCAUCUCGACAAGCCAAUAUCUCUCACAGCUGGAUUGAUACCUGUUGCAUCGAUAAAAGAAGUAGCGCUGAGCUGAGCGAGGCUAUCAACUCCAUGUUUGCGUGGUAUAAGCAGUCUUCGGUAUGCUACGUUUACCUCUCCGACUUGGUCUUCCCGCGCUCGCCGGUUGACACGGAAAUCCCUAAGUCAUAUGCAGCUGUGGCUUUUUCUAAACUCGAACAUGAACUCAAGACUUGUCGAUGGUUCACUAGAGGUUGGACUCUUCAAGAGUUGAUUGCCCCCGGCCAGGUUAUGUUUCACGACCAAAAUUGGAAUCGCAUCGGGUCAAGGGCUCCAGGAUCAGACGUUCGAUUCAUCAAGGUCCUAGAAGAGCUGACAGGCAUACCAAGUCCAGUACUGGAAUACAAGACAGAUAUUGCCACCAUCCCGGUUGCACAAAGAAUGUCUUGGGCGGCCAGUAGAGAAACAACCCGGAUUGAGGACAUUGCCUAUUGUCUUCUAGGGAUUUUCGAUGUCAAUAUGCCUCUUCUCUACGGAGAAGGUUCGAAGUCCUUUUUUCGGCUACAGGAAGAAAUUGUAAAGAACCACGACGAUCUCAGCCUUUUUGCUUGGAAGCAAGACGCCGCAUCGUAUGGCAUCGGUAUACUUCGAGGGUGCUUUGCGAAUUCACCUGCUGAGUUCGCCCACUGGCUGAACGCUCAUAUCGAGGUGAAUGGUUUCGAAUCUGGUAUGGAAGUCACCAGCAAAAAUGUCAAGUUGGACGGUCGAGUCCUCAAACAGGAAGACUACCCAGCAGGCAUUGGGCACGGUGUGGAUUGUAUAUUUGACUUGGGUGUAACGGACCCUGAUGAUGAUUAUUUUUCUCUUGGAAUCCUUCUAGCGAGCUCAAGCCGGGGUAUCACUCACUUUCGAUUCAAGCCUUGUGAACUAAUCAAGUUACCACCAAGCAAAGUCUUGCUUCACAAAGAUGACUACUAUGACGAUUACCAUUCUCACAAUAUCUAUUGGGAAGAAAAACAGGUGCGAGAAGAGUUGGAGCGAAAAUCUAUCUCUAUCAGAAAAUCUAUUACAGUACAAGAAAUUCGCAUGAUGGGUCAUCAUCAAAAGCCUGUAUUCAAGAUCCAUUGGAACAAAGACGUCUUGAAGGUCCUCAAGUCUGUCAAUGGCCAGAGCACCAAGGAGUAUAUACCUUCUUUUGAAUGUCACCCAAGUUCUGCGUCACACGAAGAUGGGACACUUAUAUGGGUCACCGAUUUUGAGCUACAAAUUUACCCCGAACACCGCGUCUCAUUUGUGCUUGUGAACGGACUACAUUUGGAAUCCCAUGGUUAUCGGCCAGCGACUGGCUUCGGCCAGGCAAAACUGCCCCGUCCAGUCUUCUGGGCACUUCUGCUCGGCGAAGGGCGAGCUUACGUUACAAGCGAAAGAGAGGAGUGGGAUGACCAAUCAACUGUGAUUGAGAUACUGGAUGAAAUCGAUGAGGACAUUUCUGAGAUAGUGAGGCAGAUCAAGCGGAUGGAUCACCAUGAGAGAGGAAUAUUUGUCCGCGAAAGUUUGAUGGAACGUCACAGUGAUGAAGUGGGACACUUGUUUGAUAAAGGUCUGGCUAGGCUCGUAAGGGUUCUUUCGCCUCUUAGCGGGAUUUUACCUAGUUGCGAUGUAUGGAUAGAAACUGAGCAUAACCUGUUGGGUGAUUAUGGGGAGCUUGAAAUCAACAUUGGGCCAUGCCAUAAAUCAUGA